UGAUACCAAAUGUUUUACAGAAAUCUGAAAUCAGAGGAUGUGUAUCUGUAAUACAUCUCUUCUAUACUUUUUUUUACUUUUGUUGUAAUGCAGCUAUAUUAAGCUGAAGGCACUAAUGUGAUUAGCACAUACUUUCAGAGACGGCACUAGCGGAGAUGGGGACGUCACUUCCCAAGGAGGGUGUUCACCUGGAAGACUUCAACCACCUGAAGUACACUAUCAGCUUGAGAAGAGUGGGGCAGCAAGUGUUGUAUCAGGUGUUCUUGUGGGGUUACAUAGGAGGCUCCUGCACUCUUAAGAACACCCUCUUUGCCCUCCCUCACUACUCGCAAAACAAGUUCAGCAAAGAUUUUAAUAACUCCCAACGUGAAAGAAUCACCAGAGAUGAUUCAGUAUCGGAAUUUGAUAUCACGUUAAUUUACAAGCUAUUACAGUUAGUGUGUGGCUUGAGUGAUCCCAGUGAUUCAGUGUGGACAACGGAAGCUUCAGACUCGUUGGAAUUUUGCUUGCAUGGUAUCAAAAAAAAGAGAAAUGAAUUAGCUCACGAAAAUAUACGCCUUUCUCCUAAUGAAUUGGUUGAUGAAUUGAAUGCUCUGAGAACUUUGUUCACUCGGACAAUUCAGAAAGCUGGGCAAACAUAUUCUAUAGGUAAGUGUGAAGUGAACUCUGUGUUAGUUUCCGUCAACCGACAGUUAGAUGCUAUCCGAGAUUCUCGUGUGCCAUUGGAAACAGAAGCUGAAUACCAGAGAGAACUAUUAGCAAGCAGAAAAGCUCGCUUGAUUGAAGAAGCAGGAAGUGAAUCUUCACAAAUUUUUAAUGGUAUUUGUCAAGUAAAUGUGGCGCCCUGGCUGAUGGAGGGAAGAAGUGUGAAUGUUAUGAAGGUGUUCAUACACCCUAAAUUAAAACGGGAUGAAACGCAAAUAAUGCAAAGACAGUUAUCGGUGGAGGAAAGUUACUUGUCAGUCAGUGAUGUGCUACAGGCAAGAGAGUGUGACGGAACACAGCCUCAUGUCACUCUACUCUGUGCUCUGGGUGGCAUGGGGAAAUCAACACUCUUGAAAUAUAUAAUAGACAGAGGAAUAAAUAAGACAGGCGAUGUGGAACUGACAGAUAAUUUUGACCAGAUACUCUUCAUGGAAUGUCGUCGUGCAUCAUUUUCCUCUCUAGAUGCAAUGUUGGCUUUCCUUCUACCUCGCACGGCAGCACUGUUGCAGCAAUCUGAAUUUAAGCGUACACUUCUGUCGCUUAAUUUGCUUGUAAUAUUAGAUGACGUUGAUGAAUUAAACAAGACAUCUUUUUCUGUUUUCGAGGAAUUUUUAAAGGUGAUGUCACCUGGUACUCGAGUUAUAGCUACCACUUCCAGAGAGACUUCAAAAAUUAUUCAAAGACAAAUCUCUGCAUUGCACAAACGAGCACUCGUUUUGGAAAUUGAAGGUAUACCAGACAACCAAACCAUUACAUUUAUACAGCGAAGCUUGAGUUAUAUUUUCCCUAGCAACACGCAUCACCAUGAAAGUGAGACAGAACUUUUCCAGCUGAUAAGAACAAAGCGGUCAUGCCUGCAGGAACAUCUUAGAUCUCCAGAAAUUCUCAGUCUACUUGCUCUAAGCUGGACGUUUGCUCCUGAGCGUCUUAACGCAUCGUCCACUCUCACAGAGAUCUUCAUGUUAGUGGAAGAUCUUCUCGUACAUAAAGUUCUGCAAAAUUUAACAGGCUCGUCACCGUGCGCUAUAAGCACACAAUCUAUUGUCAGGGUUAAUCUACGAAAAUUUUUGAUUUCACUGACUGGAGUAGCGGCUGAGUGCUUGAGGGCCGGAAAAUUCUACAUCGACCCAGAAGAUCUCGUAAAUUUAGCUGUAGAAUGUCAAACCUUAAAACUGCCCGAGGAAUAUUUAAUAUCGGCGUUUAUGAACUACACAGACGAGGGUGUUAACAGCCUUUCUACGAGGGGUUGCAAGGUGUCCUUUCCCCGACGGUCGACCCUGCAGUAUUAUGCUGCUUGGUCAGUCACCCAGAAGCUGCAAGAAGCACUGCCUUCUACAACCAUUCGUCAAGUUCUUGGACUUCCCUCUUCUGGUACUGGUGAAGCUCAUGAUCCCAGUUUACGGUCAAUGAUGAAGUAUCUUGUGGGAAUGUUGGCUUUGCUUUUACCUUGCCAACUAAAGACUAGAGCAAAGGAAAUCGUCUGUCUUUUAAAAGAUUUAGGGGUAAAGAAGGCAUCUCAGUGGCUAGAGUAUAUCGAGGAGGCAAAGGCGGAAGCUACAAUCAAAGACGAAAUAUUAAAGGAAAUGGGUGAUGAAUGGGAAGUAGAGGAUUUUGCUAUAACUUCAACUCUUGUUGAUUUAAGCAAGGAAACUCAACCUCGUCAUCUGUCUCUUGUCGCUACCAGGUGCCCAAGUAACUAUCCGCAUUUAAAAAAAAUUCUUAAAGUCUGUGCAGCCUCUCCUGAGCUAAGAUUGUCGCUUCACCUAUAUCAGCACUUUUGGUCAGAGAAAAUUAACUUGUCAGAUAAGUUCUUGGACACUGUGACAAGUGGAGAUUCACCAUGCGUGAUGGAACACUUUGCUGGACGUCUGAGUUCUACAGCCAUCACCAGACUCCCAGCAUCGCUGAAAAGGUUAGCUAUCCACAUCACUCCAGAUAUGUUGGAAACUCUCAAAACUACUCUUCCGUUGCUUAAAGCUUUGGAAAUGCUGUAUUUAAACUUAGAUGCUUCUACAACAACGGAUCCCAAAACAAUUCCACCCUUGAAUAUCUCUGAGAGACCUAUUGCACUUUCUGUGGACAUAUGGAAAAUUACUAAGGCUACUGUUGAGUGGUCGUGUGAUAUCGUGAAAGCUCUGUCCAGAACUUACACACGCCUGGUUUUGCGAGGCAGUGAGCUAGACGCUGAUGGUUGCGAGAGGUGGAUGGAGGGUCUGCGACACAGAGGUGUCACCGCUUCCUGGCUGGUCGUGGGCUCCACCUCGCAUAUCACCCACCACCAACAAACUCAUCUACAGCGAUCUGCUGCUAAAAUCAGGUGCGAAAAAUUUAUAUGGAUUAAAGUGUAAAUAUACAUAAUCAAAUGGGCCCAUAUUGUAUAUACAAUAUGGGCCCAUACUCAAGGACCCCAAUGGAAAUAAAUGAAGGGCCCCAAUGAAAAUUAAUCACUUUCUUUUACUUUACAUGUUACUAUACAAAACAGUAGUAAAAAUCUAAACUUGUGCAAUGUACCUGAAUAAACUUAACUUAGUUCGGUUACAACUAGACAAAUAAAAACAGUUAACUGGUCGAGUACAUCAAUGAUCAAAAAAUGUUAUACGGUAAAACAAGAUUCGAUUUCUUAUUUUUAGUACUGCUUAAAGAGGUUGAUGAGAAUAAUACAUACAUACUUAUAUAU